AUGAGCGUCAUUUCACAGGCCGGUAUGGCAACCGUUAAUCGUUCAAAUCGACGCCCUCCUCCACAGUGCGUCACCGCCUGUACACACAUCAGAAUGGAUCGCCUCUUCGGGAACUGGACGUGUGACAUGUGCCAGAAUCCUUCGCCCUUGGGUUGGCUCUACCGCUGCUCUUCUGAUGUCCCUGAGGUUGGAGACUAUGCCUUCAUUAAAUCCAUAACUCAUCCCGUCAGUCCUGCUGGAGAAAGGCUCCGCCAGCUAGGCCUCAGCGAGUCCAUCAUCAAGGAGUUCGAGCGAGGUGGUUACACCGAUGAGCAAGUUCAAACCCUCAUUCGUCAAAAGCAACAAGUUCAGGAGAAGGCCGCCCAACCCUUUCCAUCUGACGACAUUCGCUGUGAUUUCAAAGUCUGUCAGCGAUGUGCUGGAGUACGUAAAGACCGCUGCUGGCUAUCGUUCGAAGCAGUCUUCGCAGACGAAGUCAGAUCCGUCGACAAGUAUGAGAUGACAGAGAUACUGCCCAUCAAGGACGUACGUAUUGCCAAGCAACUCGGAUUGCGUCGUCCCAUUCAACUCUUCUCACCUCCAAUCUGGGGCGACUCUCCAUAUGGCUCACCAAACCACUCCCCAUCAUCGGACUACACAGACGAUGGCUUCUCUACCGAUGGCGAAUACGACGAUGAAAGCUGCGGAGAUGCUCUUUCGGGCAGUUCUCAUGAUGGUGACAAUCACCCUCGUGCCGGUGUCGACAUGUCCUUUGUCACUCUCAGAGACCCACGUCAUGCGCACACCCCUCGUUCAACCAUCAGACUCGUCCCUGACUCCGAGUCGCGUCGCAUUUACCGUGCUUCAAUUGCCUCCAACGAUGACGAGUCGCCUUCUCAUUCGCACACUACAACAUCUUCGAUCAGUCUCCCAACCAUUCCCACAACCACAUCAUAUUCAAUUCUACCUGGUUGUGAGGAGACCGUCCAAGAGCUGAGAGCCCAGUACUCCCUCAAAGCCAUGACUGAUCCCGAAUUCUACUCUGGCCAUCCCUUCGACUUGGCUUCCUCCGUGUCGAGCGAAUCCAGCUUUGGCUCUGAGGUCGCUGUUGAGGGCGACUUCGCCUUGACAGAAGAAGCCACGUCCACUCACACCCCUGCUGUAUACAAAAGAGCCUAG